AAUUCAACACUUGCAGUGCUUAGCUAGUGUUGGUUUUCACUUGGGGGCGGGUAUUGCUAGUUCGUCGUACUUCGAACAUAAGGAGAUGGGAAACAAGGGGACAAAACCUAAUGCUUUGAAAAAAGGCAAAAGUAAAUUGACGGCGGAAGAUAUCCAAGAGUUGCGAUUGUCAACCGAAUUCACGGAAGACGAGUUGCACACUUGGCAUAAAGCGUUUCGCGAGAAAUGCCCAAACGGUAAAAUGUCCGAAAAAAAAUUCGCGGAGAUCUACAAGAAUCACUAUUCCACAGGCGACGCGACUAUCUUCGCAGGCCAUGUUUUUCGCACAUUCGACAAAAACAAGGAUGGAACAAUUGAUUUUCACGAAUUUAUUCAAGGUUUGUCUAUCAUAUCGCGAGGAUCGACAGAGCAGAAACUACGAUGGGCCUUUGAGAUGUACGAUUCAGAUGGAAGCGGCGCGGUUUCUCGUGCCGAGAUGUUGGAAAUCGUGCGAGGGAUUUUUCGCCUUGCAGGCGACCGGGUAAAUCUUCCAAGAGACGAGAACACGCCGGAAAAGUUCACGCACAAGCUGUUUGCAAAGCUCGACCGGGACAAUGAUGGAACAAUUACACAGAAUGAAUUCGUACGCGGUGUUCAGUGUUACCCUUCUCUUAUGCGGUUGCUGGAUCCAGCCGGCGCGAAGUAAACUGAAACUAACCGCCUGCCAUUCAACGUUUACACCCGUAUUGUUAUAACGCACCGUUCAAAAAAUUUACGGUACAUGGCGGUAUAAUUUCGUCGGCGUAUCUCGGAAGUGUGUCGAAGUGGUAUGUUUCACUAUAUUGUUGUAACGUUUUGCUUUCGAAACAAGGCGACACCUUGUAGACAAGAAAGCAACUGUUGAACACACAACAUUGUGUUUGUCUUUGCACGAUUUUAGGCUUUUGAUGUGUAAAGUGAUGCACAGUUUUCACGCGAUAACUAUCGCAUUGGAGAAAAAUUUUCAUAGAUAAAAACCCAAAGAGACGAAACGGCCAGUCGGCAACCGGCUAGUUCGUUAUUUUAUCACAUUGUCUUGAAUUGUAACUAGAAAUCAGCAAGAAUUCUGUUUAUUAUCAGUUCUGGUUGUUUCGAACGCCCGCGACGAAUUAUUUAACGUGAAUAAAUUUAUGCAUCUAGUUUCGUCUCGUAUAAAUUGAAAGGCCCUUAGUGUUCACAUUUGUCGCAUAAAUGUGUUUAAUAUUUCAGUUAGUUUAUGUUUUUCUUUGCCGAACAAAUCAGUGCCUUUUAACUGGGUCUUUUGCUCGCUAAUAUGCUCUGUAAAAACCUUAGGGUUGGAUUGUAUUGGAAGAAGGAUUAACUCAUUACGACUGAAGAACUGCUCAGUGUAUUAUUUUAAGGGGUGACCGCUUGAUGCAUUGAUCAGACCCUGUGAAACAUUUAACAGCUUGAUCAUAUUUAAAUCACAUAUAGCUAGCAAUAUCGAGUCCCGAUUCAGAAAAUGGAACAACUUUUCGUUAGAUUUCAUUCAGAUUACCAAAAUAAUAAUAAUGAUUAAGAAAAAUAAGCGAAUCAAAUGCUAAAACAAUUCCGCACCGAAAUGACGACUUCUCCCCAGGUUAUUGUAGAGACUGUGUUUUUAUUUUGGGCUAAGAUUCGCAUAAAUAAAUAGUUGUAGCUAUUUUGAUUGGUGAUGAGCACUAAAGAACGAGCGGAGAACGUCCUCUCUCCUAUGUAAAUAAUUUUAAUUUGCUUUAUUGAUGAGAUCACAGUUGUGAGGCAAAGUAUGGUAAUUUUUCCUUGCGAGCAUUGUUCUUUGAUAUAUUUGAGGUAGACUUCAGAAUUAACCGUCAAACGGCUGGUAAAGGCUACAAAGAGAGCGAGAACGUUAUUACGGGAACAGUCUUUAAAUGUUAUACUGUGAUUAUGUAGAAGUCUGAUUUAUUAUGAGUGUUCGCGAUUGCGUUUUUUAAUGUUGAAAAAAAAAUUGCAAUCCUUCGAGGGCUAGGAUUAAGUGCUUAGUCGCUCUGUAGGAAAAUAUUAUGACAUGUAACCAAAAUGCGAACACGAAUUUGUCGAGCUAGAUUUAUUGAAAUACGGAACAGAUUAUUGCAAAAGUAAUGAUGAGGAUAGAAUAAUUUAGAAUUUGGUAAUAAUAAUGUGAUAGCUCUUCUGAAGAGGUUUUUGCUGUCUCGAUUUUCCGCAAUCAUUUGAAGUUCUCAUAAUGAACUUUACUAAUGACAAGGCAUUUGCCGUAUGUGUGUCGAGCACUAGGUGGGCUUGGUGCAUUUUUUAAGUCCAAUUUAUUUUUAACAAUUGUGUCUUAGACGCCUUUAAUUAAGCGAUGUUAAGGCCAGUUAACUUAGACGUUAUAGUGAAUAUUUAGUGUAUAAACUGAACUUUAUAGAGGCACAAAAGGCGAACUUUACAAACUCAUUCAGAAUCUAGAA